AUGCUGCAGAUAUUUGCUAAAUUAUCGCUCCAUUCUUUGGCUUCAGGAUGUCCCUUACAUGUACAAGCUACAUACAGACAAAUCUCUGUCAUUCACCAUCGGACUCAUUUAAAGCACUGUCUUGUAUUAUGUCAGCAGGGGAUGCAUUUAAGGACUAGAAAUUAUUCAGAUAAUAUGAAACCUACAAAUGAACAACCAGAUGAAGAUGUACAUUUUGGGACAUUGUCAGAAAGGUAUUCUGUAAGAACAUCUUUUAGAAAAUCCUCCUUGGAAAAUCAGAACUUGCAGUAUGAGGAGGAUAAAGAAGACAACAGAAAGACCAGGAAAGUUCAGAAGUACAGAAGAACAAGAAACACCCCAUACUGGUACUUCUUAAAAUGCAAGGGCAAAAUCAAAGAAGGCAAGUUGGCAGAAGCCCUGGGACUCUUUGAAGUACAGAUGUUACAAGAGGAUCAGUUGCAACCUGAAGAAUAUAACUACACUGUACUGAUAGGAGGAUGUGGGAGAGUUGGAUAUAUUAAAAAAGCAUUUCAGUUGUAUUCUAAUAUGAAGAAGAGAGGUCUGAUACCCCUUGAUGCCACCUAUACAGCUCUUUUUAAUGCAUGCGCUGAAUCGCCAUGGAAGGACUCAGGUCUCCAGUAUGCUGUUAAACUGCGGAAAGAACUAAUGGAUAAAAAUAUUCAGCUUUAAUCCAGUUGCAUAUCGGGGCCUACUGAAAGCAUACUCGCUGUGCUCUGGGCUGCAAAGUGGCUUGGAAAUAUUUCAGGAAAUUGUACAGAAAUAUAGAAUUAAAGGUCCUGAAUGUUUCAAUAUCCUCCUUAUGGCCUGUAUAAAGGAUGAACAGUUGGGGUUCCGUUUUUCUUUACAGGUAUGGAGACAGAUGCUGCACUUGGGUAUAAAGCCAGAUAUUUACACCUAUAACUUGAUUCUUCGAGCCACCAGAGACUGUGGCAUUGGAAAGCCUAAUGAAGUGUUAAAUAUUCUGCAAAAUUCCAAGGAUUUGAAUAUGUUGAUGUUAAGUGCAGGAACAUCUCAGGAAGACAAGAUAACCAGAGGAACCAAAACAAAACAAUCUGAUAAAGACCUUUUACAUGCACAACUACCUCUGCAUCCUGAUUUAAGGGGUCGUCAGAGUACUAUAACAGACUUUUCAUCUACUGGGCGUCAGGAAGACAUGGAAAACACAUUUCAGGUUGCCAUCAAUCCAUCUUUUCCUGCCAGUAAUGUGCCAAACCUUUUAGACCUGCACCUAAAUACUGAUUCAGUAGUAUCACUGACAAAUGUCAGUACUCCCUAUGAUAGAUUUGCCCUGAUUGGUGACCUGGAGGGAUUUCUUCAGAAGAUGAAAGAAGACAAUGUCUGCCCCUCAAUAAAAACAUUCACCCUAAUGGCUGAAGUGAUGAAACCAGACCUGCAGUCAGAAGCUACCCUUUUUUCCCUUAUGGAUUCAUUCAAAAUAAAACCCGAUUUGACAUUUUUUAAUACGUUGAUAUUAAAGAGGAGUGAAACUAUGGACUUGAAAUCAGCAAUGGUAAGAUGA